CUUCCUUUUCGGUUGUCCGUAGCGGUGGUAGUGGUGCGCUGUGGCUGUGAUUGGCAGGCUGAGGCCUUAUUCGUCACCAUGAAGGUCUACAAAGACAUCAUUUCAGGAGAUGAGAUGUUCAUGGACACCUACACCUACGAAACGAUUCAUGAUGCCGUCUACCGGGUGGAAGGCAAGUACAUCACGCGCAGCAAGGUGGGCGAACUGGUGCUGGACGGUGCCAACCCGUCGGCCGAGGAUGCUGAGGAGGCGACCGACGACGACAACGAGUCGGGCGUGGAUGUCGUGCUCAACAUGCGCCUCACCGAGACCGGCUUCAGCGACAAGAAGGCUUACAUCUCGUACCUGAAGGAUUACAUGAAGGCGAUCUGCACCAAGCUGGCCGAAACCAGCCCCGACCAGGUGGACACCUUCAAGAACGGUUCCAACGCUUUCAUCAAGGAGAAAAUUGGCAAGUUCAAGGACAUGCAGUUCUUCCAGGGCGAAGGCAUGAACCCGGAUGGUAUGGUGGCCAUCAUGCUGUACGAGGACAAGGAUGGCUCGGAACUGCCUUUCAUGUACUUCUUCAAGCAUGGUCUAGAGGAGGAGAAGCUCUAAAUCUAGAAAGUUGGGCGUGCCACCGCUUCUGUCAUGCUUCUGCGGCCGUCCUGCCAUCGCAGCGCGCCCGUGCCCUCUCAGCCAGCGAAGACCGGCGACGAGCCGUCACCGCUACCGGGGAGCCACUCAGCGCCGAGUCGCGCAUGCGCGUCAGCCCCCGUGGACAACCGCCGCACGAUGCUGCGCAGCGACGUUUUAUCGAACGUGCGCGACUGAAAUAUUUUAUUAUUUAUACAAAACGAAAUAAAGAUCCGACAAAUUG